CGAUGGAACCAAGGCCCCGGCAUGGCUAAAAAGGCGAUGGGUGGUACGUGUGGAGUAAAGACAAACCCUACAAGUUCUCCUACAUGGUACACUCAUAACACUCUGGAGAACGGAAGGUGGUUGACCAGAAAGAGAACGGGUUGUAAGGCCUCGGUCGUCCCCUGGCACUGGACUCUCACUAUGGAGGACACCUAUACAGUGGCCCACGUGCAAUCAACAAGAAACACGCUGAGGACUUAAACAGCGUUUGUGGUUAUUCCACCAUUCAUCACUCAUUGUGAUACUUCUCUGCUGGACCAGUGAUUGGCUG